AUGGCCGAGUUAGCGCUUCACAAUUCAAUCCGCGAGAAGAUGCUUCGCGAUGAGGUAGCAUACACUCUCUCUGUUAAGCUGGUCCGCAGUGUCGAGCUUCCAAUGAUGGCAAAGAUAGCGGGAUUUGAUGGAAUCUUGAUUGACAUGGAGCAUUCGACGUUUGACUUGGACACAACAAGUCAAAUAUGCAUAGCAGCCCUUUACGCCGGCAUAUCUCCUAUUGUGCGCGUCCCAUCUAAAGACCCAUUUUUUGUCUCCCGCGUACUAGAUGGCGGCGCGAUGGGUGUCAUAGUCCCGCAUAUCCGCUCGGUGCAAGAUGCCAAAGACGUAGUCGCCGCAGCCAAAUUCCAGCCUCUUGGCCAUCGCUCAUCCACUAACAACAUGCCACAAUUCCAAUACCGUCACCUGUCUGCCAAGGCCAUGAGCCCUGUAUGCAACCGUGAAACACUCGUCAUUCCCAUGGUGGAAACCAUCGAAGCAGUCGAUUGUGUCGAGGAGUUGGCGGCCGUCGAAGGAGUGGAUAGCCUGCUGAUUGGCACCAACGAUAUGUGUGCUGAACUCGGUAUCCCCGGGGAAUACGAAAACCCGCGGCUGACCGAAGUUUACGAGAAAACAAUUGCGGCCUGCCAAAAGCACGGAAAAUGGGUUGGUGUGGGAGGCCUGCAUUCUCGUUUGGAUUUGGUUGAGAAGUUUUGUGCAAUGGGCGCUCGAUGGGUCAUGGCAGCCACGGAUGGACCAUUGCUGCUUGGUGGUGCAACCAAGAGGGCGGGUGAGAUGGCCCAAUUAAGCGCACGUAAUGGGACACAUGAGACCAAGACGACCAACGGCACCAUUGAUGAGUUGAAGCAAAAGGCUAGCGUGGCUAUGGAAGAUCUGAAGACAAAUGGUCAUGCAAACGGAGUCGUAAGCUCAUGA